ACGUACUGUUCGUACCGCGUGGUGUGGGCUAACCGCAGUGAUGUGUUGUGUGUUGCAGGACCAUGGCCCCCAGCGCUCCGCUCAAGAAGACCACGUUCCUUCUCAACUGGUACGCCAACCCGUACCACACGCCGAUCUUCGUCGCCAAGAAGCGCGGCUUUUACGAAGAAGAAGGCAUCGACCUCGCCAUCAUGGAGACGACCAACCCGAGUGACGUGACCGAGAUUGUCGGCUCGGGCGCCGCCGACAUGGGUCUCAAGGCGAUGAUCCACAUCCUCGCCGCCAAGGACCGUGGCAUCAACAUCACGUCCAUGGGCGCGCUUCUCGACGAGCCGCCGACGGGCCUCAUCUUCAAGGCCAGCCUCGGCAUCACCAAGUUCACCGACAUCGUCGGCAAGCGCGUCGGCUACAUUGGCCACUUUGGCAAGAUCAUGAUCGACGACUUGGCCAAGCAGGCCGGCCUCGCGCCCGACAGCUACACGACCGUGCGCGUCGGCAUGAACGUGACGGACGCCAUCAUGCGCGGCGUCAUCGACACGGGCAUCGGCUUCACCAACUUCCAGCGCCUCGAGCUUGAAGAGCUCACGGGCGAGCCCGCUGGCAUGCUGCGCAUCGACGAGUGCAACGGUCUCGGCUGCUGCUGCUUCUGCUCCGUCAUGUUUGUCGCGAGCGACGCGUACUUCCAGAACAACAAGGACACGGUCGCGGCCUUCAUGCGCGCGACGCGCCGCGCCAUGGACAUUGUGAUCGAGUACCCGGACGUCGCGUGGGAGGACAUGUGCAUCAUGAACCCGCGCCUCCGCAGCACCAAGCGCAUGGUCAACGUCGAGGUCGAGGUCGACGGCAAGAAGGCCACGGCGCGCGUCGAGACGGGCAGCGACGUCUACGAGAAGAUCUACCAGCGCACGCUGCCGUACUUUUCGCGCACGCUCCUCAACGUCGAGCGCGACUGGGACAAGGUCGGCGACUUCUGCAAGUACCUCCACGUGCUCGAGAACGACGUCGACCAGCACACGGUCUACUCGAACGAGCUCGUGCCCGCCAUGGGCAAGGCGUCCGUCGAGCCGCUCACGCCCGGCGGCGUCCUCGGCCUCGUCUCGCAGUAAAACGCUCCUAGGCGCCGCUUUUAACGCGAUGAAUCC